UGCAAACCAAAAAUGUCCAAGCCUUGGACAGCGCGCACUACAUGCACCCUUUUACCGAUAGCAAAGCGCUGGCUGCCAGAGGUGCGCGCGUAAUUACGCAUGGCCAGGGUAUAUAUAUCUACGACUCUGAGGGCAAAAAGAUACUGGAUGCCAUGAGUGGCUUGUGGUGCGUCAAUUCGGGCUAUGGGCGCAAGGAGCUGGCGCAGGCUGCGUAUAUGCAGAUGCUGGAGCUACCCUAUUACAACAGUUUUUUUAAUACCACCAAUGUGCCCGCAGUGCAAUUGGCAACCAAACUCACCAGUCUAGCGCCCAAAGUGGACGAUUGUGAAUUUACCCAUGUGUUUUUCUCCAGCAGUGGCUCAGAGAGCAACGAUACCAAUAUCCGCAUGGUGCGCCAUUAUUGGGCUACUUUGGGGCAGCCGCAGCGCCAAGUGAUUAUCAGCCGAAAAAAUGGCUAUCACGGCAGCACCGUAGGAGGCUCUUCGCUGGGAGGUAUGAGCGGUAUGCAUGCACAAGGCGGUGUUUUGCCUGGCAUUGAGCAUAUAGAUCAACCUUAUUGGUUUGAAAACGCCAAAGAAGGGGAGAGCGAAGCCGAUUUUGGCUUGCGUAUGGCGCGCCAGUUGGAAGAGAAGAUUUUGCAAGUAGGGGCGGAUAAAGUGGCGGCCUUUAUAGGCGAGCCUGUGCAGGGCGCUGGCGGCGUGAUUAUUCCGCCCGCAAGCUAUUGGCCUGAAAUCCAAAGGAUAGUGGACAAAUACGGAAUUUUGCUGAUUAGUGAUGAGGUUAUAUGCGCAUUUGGGCGUUUGGGUGCAUGGUUUGCUUAUGAGCAAUUUGGCUAUAAACCCGAUUUGAUUACUUUUGCCAAAGGCGUUACCAGUGGCUAUAUCCCUCUGGGUGGGGUCAUGGUAGGUAAGCGCGUGGCAGAUGUGCUGAUAAACCAAGGGGGUGAGUUCAAUCAUGGUUACACUUAUAGCGGCCAUCCAGCUGCUUGCGCUGUUGCCUUGGCCAAUUUGGAAUUGAUGGAGCGCGAAGGUGUGAUUGAGAAUGUUCGCAAUACCUUGGCCCCCUACCUAAAGCAGCAAAUUGCUACGCUGAUGGAUCAUCCACUAGUGGGCGAGGCCAAGACACACGGCAUGGUGGCAGGUUUGCUCUUGGUCAAAUCCAAGGCCAAACAACCAGGGAGUAAGCCCAUAGCAUUUGCGUCUGACUUGGCAGUGGGCAUGAUAUGCCGUGGGCACUGUUUUGGCAAUGGGCUGGUCAUGCGUGCGGUGGGAGACAGAAUGAUUAUUGCGCCGCCCCUUGUGAUGAGCCUGGCACAGAUUGAUGAGAUGAUGGGCUUGAUUCGCCAGGCCUUGGAUUUGACUUGGCGUGAUUUGAAUCAGUCGGGAUUGCGGCUCAUGAAAAAAUAUUUUUUUGCAUUUACCUUAUCUGCUAUUGCAUUAGCUGGCUGUGGCGAGAAAAAGGAAGCCACCCCAGCGCCCGCACCAGCAGCCUCCGCUGCCGCGCCCGCGCCAGCAGCACCGGCUUUGGAUAGCGAGAAAGUGCUCAAUAUUUAUAACUGGCCAGACUAUGUGGCCGAAUCUUUGAUACCUGAUUUUGAAAAAGAAACCGGUAUAAAAGUUAAUUACCAAACAUUUGAAAAUAAUGAAGCUUUAAAUGCAAAACUGGUUGCUGGAAAUACCGGGUUUGACAUCGUGGUUCCAGGCUCAGUAUUUGCCAAACCGCAAAUUGACGAGGGUUUGCUGCAACCCUUGGAUAAAGCGCUCAUACCCAACUAUGGCAAUUUAGAUACUACUUUCAUGGGAAAACUCACGAAUGUAGAUGCGGAUAACAAACAUUUGAUUCCUUGGGCGUGGGGGUUUACUACGGUGGGCAUCAACAAAACCAAAGUGGAGAAGGCGCUGGCAGGUAUGCCUAUGCCAGAGAAUGCUUGGGAUUUGGUUUUCAAUCCGCAGUACACCAAAAAGCUUAAAUCUUGUGGCAUAGCUUAUUUGGAUUCUCCCACCGAGGUAAUUCCACCAGCCUUGCAUUAUUUGGGUAAAAAUGCUUAUUCUAAUGACCCUGCUGAUUACAAGGCUGCUGGAGAGAUGUUAGCCAAGGUAUCCGCUAUGCAAACCAAUGAAAUGAAUUACCCCACUGGUAAUCAGGCUGCAAUGGCAGACAUUAAACCUGAGAUUAAAGACAACCCAACUAUUAUUUUGGAUCCAACCAACAUGUCUAAAUUGGUUGCCCCAGGCUACUAUACCAAUGCUGCACGCGAAGCCAUGGCAAAUUUGGUGAAGCGAUUUGACGAAGCAGUAGCGGUAGACAAUGUCUCCUUAAACAUAGGCAAAGGGGAGAUUUUUGCAUUACUCGGUAGCUCUGGUUGUGGUAAAUCUACGCUUUUGCGUAUGCUAGCAGGCUUUGAAAAGCCCACAUCUGGCAAAAUUUUGCUUGCAGGCAAAGAUGUGGCCAAUGUACCCCCCUACGAUAGGCCUGUGAAUAUGAUGUUUCAGUCAUACGCACUUUUCCCGCAUAUGGAUGUUUGGGAAAAUAUCGCCUUUGGUUUAAAACGCGAAGGGCUGCCCAAAGAAGAAAUCCAAAAAAGAGUAGGCCAGAUGCUGGAUUUGGUGCAAUUGACGCCUUAUGCCAAGCGCAAACCCUACCAACUCUCAGGCGGUCAGCAACAACGCGUGGCAUUGGCGCGCAGUCUUGCGAAAAAGCCUCAGCUCUUGUUAUUGGAUGAGCCUUUGGGUGCACUAGAUAAAAAAUUGCGUGAGCAAACCCAGUUUGAAUUGGUAAAUAUUAUUGAAAGUGUGGGAGUGACAGUGGUUAUGGUUACCCACGACCAAGAAGAAGCUAUGACGAUGGCCAGUCGUAUUGCCAUUAUGAGCAAAGGCCGCGUAUUGCAAGUGGGUACGCCGCGAGAGGUUUAUGAAUUUCCACAGACACGAUUUGUGGCAGAUUUUAUUGGUAACGUAAACUUGUUUGAUGGUAAGCUCAGUACCGAUGAACCUGACCAUUGUGUCAUCACCACUAAUAUUGGAAUGAUAGAAGUCGGGCAUGGGGUCAGC